AUGCGCGCGCACAAUCUUGCCCUUCCCCGCCCCCUGUUCUAGGGCGGUAGGGUGCCUGCACGGAAGGCUGCGGCGCGAGGCUCCGUGGCUGCCGGCUUUGGGCUUUGCUGCCCCGUGCGGUUGCGUCGGCGCUGAGAGGCCGGCGCGCGACAGGUUUAAAUAAAGUCAAAUCAAUUUUCCCUAGAGAAGAUAUCCUGUCUCUUUUUAAAGAUAUUAUCUGCACAGGAUUCUGACUUGUGGGUCUGGUGCUUCCUGUGUGAUGGUAUCUUCAAAGGAACAGAAUUACUGGAAGAUGGCGAUUCUACUUGACUUUGGACGUUUGGCCUGAGUUCUGAGAGAGCUGGAUUUUUCUUGUUUUUUUUUUUUAAUGGGUAGUGUUUGAAUAUUCAUGCUGUGAAAGAAGAAAACAUCCAAUGGCUUCAGAAUCUAUGACCCCAGAGUCAGCAAAACACUAUCAGAUAAAAGGGAAAAGGCGGCAGCAACAGCAGCAGCAAGAUAGAUCUCUGAACAGUGAUGGUGAAGAAGUCUUCGUAUUUGAAGCAAAUGAAGCUUGGAAGGAUUUUCAUAGCUCUCUUCUUCACUUCUAUGAAGCUGGGGAACUCUGUGAUGUUACAUUGAAGGUUGGUUCAAAGCUAAUCUCUUGCCACAAGUUGGUUCUGGCUUGUGUUAUCCCUUACUUCAGAGCUAUGUUUCUCUCUGAAAUGGCUGAGGCAAAACAGACAUUGAUUGAGAUCAGGGACUUCGAUGGAGAUGCAAUAGAAGAUUUGGUGAAGUUCGUCUAUUCCUCCCGGCUUACAUUGACUGUCGAUAAUGUCCAGCCUCUCUUAUAUGCAGCCUGCAUUCUUCAGGUGGAGCUAGUAGCAAAAGCUUGCUGUGAAUAUAUGAAACUACACUUUCAUCCCUCAAACUGCCUGGCAGUGAGGGCCUUUGCAGAAAGUCACAACCGUAUUGACUUGAUGGACAUGGCUGACCGAUAUGCUUGUGAACAUUUUACUGAAGUGGUGGAAUGUGAGGACUUUGUGAGUAUGUCACCUCAGCACCUCCAUAAACUCUUAUCUUCCAGUGAUCUGAACAUAGAGAAUGAGAAGCAGGUUUAUAGUGCUGCUAUCAAGUGGCUUCUUGCUAAUCCACAGCAUCAUACUUCAUGGUUGGAUGAAAUACUUGCUCAGGUACGGCUGCCUUUGUUGCCCAUUUGUUUCCUUAUGGGCGUUGUGGCAAAAGAAGAGAUCAUCAAGCAGAAUCUAAAAUGUAGAGAUUUACUGGAUGAAGCAAGAAACUACCACCUUCACCUGAGCAGCAGCGCAGUGCCAGACUUCGAGUAUUCCAUCCGCACAACACCAAGGAAUGAGACUGCUGGUGUGCUAUUUUGUGUUGGUGGUCGAGGUGGAUCAGGUGACCCAUUUCGCAGCAUUGAAUGCUACUCUAUAAACAAAAACAACUGGUUCUUUGGUCCUGAAAUGAACAGCAGGAGAAGACACGUGGGUGUAAUCUCUGUGGGAGGUAAAGUCUAUGCAGUAGGUGGGCAUGAUGGAAAUGAACAUUUAGGCAGCAUGGAAAUGUUUGAUCCUGUCACUAAUAAGUGGAUGAUGAAAGCAUCAAUGAACACCAAGAGGAGAGGAAUUGCUCUAGCCUCCGUUGGUGGACCCAUUUAUGCCAUAGGAGGGUUAGAUGACAACACUUGCUUCAGUGAUGUGGAGAGAUAUGACAUUGAAUCUGAUCGAUGGAGUGGAGUAGCGUCAAUGAAUACUCCCAGAGGAGGAGUUGGCUCAGUAGCCCUUGUGAACUAUGUGUAUGCUGUUGGUGGAAAUGACGGUGUAGCCUCUCUCUCCAGUGUAGAGAGAUAUGACCCCCAUCUGGAUAAGUGGAUAGAAAUGAAAGAGAUGGGUCAACGAAGAGCAGGCAAUGGGGUUAGUGAACUCCAUGGCUGCUUAUACGUUGUAGGUGGCUUUGAUGACAACUCUCCAUUGAGCUCUGUUGAAAGGUUUGAUCCUCGCAAUAACAAGUGGGAGUAUGUAGCAGAACUUACAACCCCCAGGGGUGGAGUUGGCAUAGCAACGUUAAUGGGUAAAAUUUUCGCAGUGGGUGGUCAUAAUGGCAAUGCAUACCUGAACACAGUGGAAGCCUUUGAUCCAGUUAUGAACAGGUGGGAGCUUGUUGGAUCCGUUUCUCACUGCAGAGCUGGAGCAGGAGUAGCUGUGUGCUCUUGUCUUAGUAGUGAGAUCCGGGAUGUUGGUCAGGGAUCCAACAAUGUGGCUGAUUGUAUGUGAAUUCAGAGUCAAGCCUCGAGCAACUCUUCAGAAUUUCAGAAGAUCCUGAUAACUCGAGGACGGAGGAACAUGACCACACCAGUGUUGUUCUGGGGUUUUUAAUUAUUAUCCUAUGCUGUAGAUAAAUACUGAAUGACAUUUGUGUGAUAACUAUCAAAAGCUGAGUUCUAAUAUUCAAGUUUUCUGAAGCUUAUCUGAUUUAGAAAAGUCUGGAUAAACAUGAAAUAAGGACCCUGGUUUUUAUUUAAAAGCAGAUAUCCCCAUAACUUUCUAUUUGAGGGGCAUUAUUCUGGAGCAUUCAUAAUUAAAUAAAAUAUAUAUAGGCUGUGGUUAAAGAGUUGCACUUUGAAUUGUUGAGCCUUAAACUACUUCCCCCCCCACUCACCCCCCCAAAAAAACUUUGAUUCUGGGAUACAUGCUAGAGUGUUUUUAAUAUGUACAUUCUGAUAAAAUACAAGAGAGCCUUAAAAAAAGCCCAGUUCUGUAGCACUUUAGACAGGAAUAAAGCAUCUCAGCCCUUUGGAGGUUAAUUUCCCUGUUGUAUACCUGAGGAAACUCGUUCAUUACCUGACUGUCAGGGGGCUGAAAAGCAGGUGCUGAGCAUCUCUGAAAAUCAAAUUAGUUGCUCUUGUUACAGAGCUAAGAAUAAAAUCCAGAGAUCUGGCCUGCUUAUGUGGGAUUCAGCCACUGGAACACAUUUUCUUUCUUAUGCCUCCAAGGAAACCUAUAUUAAGAACCACCUGCAAUAGGAAACUCCUUAAGAGUGAAAGCACAUGUGAGGCUUCCUGUAUAAUUGUCUUAUUUUAAUAGAAAUGGUUUGUUUAGACAGGCAGAGUUUACUGGUCCUUUAUUACAAAUUACUGUAUUCCGAGAAACAGGAAUGCACAAUGGGGAAGAAGUUACAAUAUAAAAAACCCCACCCUUUUUCUAAAUAAUUUUCAGUGGCUUACAUGUUCAGUUUUAGUAAUCCAGUGCCAUGGUGUGAGGUUAGCACCACUUUCAGGAAGAGUAGAGAUGUGAUGGUUUCAGACACAAACAGGCUUAAUUAUCUUGUGGAUAUUCUAGUCUGAGACCCAGAAUGAAACACAUCUUCAAAUGAAGAAUUGCAGCUGUUGGAGUCUAAAGUCUCUUUAAACAAAAGGAAGUUAGUAGCAGCACAAAUGAGAUACAUCAAGGGAUUAACCGUCUUUCCUGUUUGUCAGAUGCAGUGAUAAAUUCAAAAAUAGACCUAAACUGUGCUGUCAUUAGACUAUUGCCCCACUGAAAUACCAGGAACCUAUAUUUAAGCCCUUAAUUAGCUGUAUUUAGUGUAUAAUUGUAUAUAAAUAUUUAUUUAAAAUUUGUUUGUAACUUUAAAUGUGUUUGGGAACCUCUUUCAGGCUUUUCAAGGUUAUUACCUCAACCAUUAUUUAUAACAUGGUUCCUGUUGGUAAAACUGAGACGUUCAUAGGAACCUUUUACAUCUUGUGUAGGGGCUUGCCUUUGUCUUAGUAGCACGAAGUGGUACGCUCCUGUUCAAACUGACUUCAUUUUGUUGACUGAUUUGCAGUUAAGGUUUAAACAACUGCCUUUAAAUUCAACUUUAUUUUUAUUAUGUAUUUUUGGUAAGUCUGACCUUUUGAUUUAACUUGACAGGACAGAAUUAUUAAAACUUGAAUUGCCUCAGUCUUAAUGUUUAACAAUUUUAAAGAGUGUUCUUCCCUUGGGAGUUAACCUAGCUUCAUUUUGGUGUGUAGCUUAAUCUAUUGGAAUUGUAUUUUUGAUUAUCCAGUGCUGACCAUGUAGUGGCCACCUCAAAUAUUCAUCACUUAUUUCCUCUUGGUUGAUAUUCUACAUCAAAUUAAAAUACUGAUGAGGGAGGAAUAGGGAUACUCUUAGAAUUUCUUAGAGGGCAAGAUAACCUCAGUUGACUUGGCAGAAAACCAAACCAGCAGUGAAGGGAAGAAAUGGAAAAAAAAAUACAAUGCUGCAUUGUAGAAAGACAACUUUGAUAUACGUGUGGAGAGCCUAAAAUUCAAGAGCAGCUUCAGCAAAAGAGGUUUUCACAAUCCUGAAUUUUCUUGACAAGAGCAACAGUUAAUUUAGGAAAACUGUAUAGUGUUAGAUAUUGAAACACCUAUAGACAGUAUGACGGGUGUGGGGUUGGAGCAAAGUAUGGGAAUGAAAAUCCUAUAUUUCUUAAAGAAAUAUUUAUGUGGGUUAUUCUGUAUAUUCAAUACCAUACUAGGGAAGCUUCAGCUUUAUCAGCGAUCCCAAAGCACAUAAAUCACUGCUUUAGUAUUGCACUGCCAUGUUUUAAAACUGUUUUGUAUUUCCAAUUGAUUGUAGGCUGGAUAGUCAGUGGACAAAAUGCAUAAUGGACUGGUGUAAUUACACUGAAAUAUAUGGAGGUUUGCAAUAAAAUAUAUUUGUACUUUAA